GUAGUGUUUAAAUAUAGUCAGUGCUGGUUAGUGAUAUGGAAUUCAUGUGUGUAAUCAGGUGGGUAAUCAUCAUCAGACAAAAUGACUUGAAAAUUAGGAUUAGCUGGUUCAAACCAUUGACCUUUUCACAUUACCUCAUGAACUUCAACUGUUGAUUUUGUUUUCAGUCUUUCCUUCUGAACGGAAAAUGCUGAAGAGGAUUUCUGCACACCUCCUUGAAAGAGGCAUUUCCACAUUUCCUAACAGAUUGUGCAAAAACGAUGGCCUCUUCAUCAUCCAUCCCUCUGUAUCCCAGGCGCUAGCAGACAGCAGGCCAGUUGUGGCACUAGAGAGCACAAUCAUUACUCAUGGCAUGCCAUAUCCACACAACCUGAGAACAGCUCAAGAAGUGGAGGCCAUAGUGCGAGCUGAGGGUGCCACUCCUGCAACGGUAGGAGUGAUCCAUGGGAGGGUUCAUGUGGGCUUGUCCUCAAAGGAGCUGGAUUACCUGGCCCGCAGCAAGACCUCCCUCAAAGUCUCUCGGAGAGAUCUACCUUUUGCCAUCAGCAAGGGUCUAUGUGGAGGCUCCACUGUUUCCGGCACUAUGAUUGCAGCACACAAAGCUGGCAUUCCUGUCUUUGUAACAGGGGGCAUUGGUGGAGUACACAGAGGUGGGGAGAAAAGUUUGGACAUCAGUGCAGAUCUCACAGAGCUGGGCAGGACCCCUAUAGCUGUGAUCUGCGCUGGAGUGAAGUCUAUCUUGGAUAUUGGUCGCACCCUUGAGUUCUUAGAGACUCAGGGAGUAUGUGUGGCCACAUAUGGGAUGUCCAACAAUUUCCCAGCGUUCUUUUCUCCUCAAAGUGGAUUUGCUUCCCCUUACCAUGUAAAUGAUGCAAAAGACGCAGCUGAGUUGAUUGCGAGCACACUUUCCCUGGGUCUACAGAGCGGCCUCCUUUUGGCUGUGCCCAUCCCAGACGAGCACGCUGCAGUGGGCCAGGAGAUAGAGGGGGCCAUCCAGGUUGCAGUGGCGGAAGCCAGUUCUAAAGGUAUCACGGGGAAAGACGUGACACCGUUUAUUCUUCAGAAGGUCAAUGAGUUGACCAAAGGGAAGUCACUUCAGGCCAACAUAGCUCUCAUACAUAAUAAUGCCAAGGUUGGCAGUCAGAUCGCCUGUGCACUGUCAGACUGCAUGAGGAAAAAAGGGACACCUGCUGUUCAGCUCAAAGAGAUUGAAAAUGUUUCUGACUCAAAGUCAAACAUUGUUGUCAUCGGUGGCAUCAAUGUGGAUUUCAUCGCCAAAGGGAAAACAGAAAAGCUAGUGUUCGGACAGACAAAUCCAGGGAGUGUUUGUCAGUCAUUCGGGGGUGUUGGAAGGAACAUUGCUGAUUCUCUUUGUCGCAUGGGACAGACACCCCUGUUCAUCUCAGCUAUUGGGACUGACUCACACAGCAAUGCUGUACUGAACUACUGUAAACACAUGAACAUAGGUGCUGUGGCAAGGCUUCAAGAUCAACGUACUGCUACGUAUUGUGCUGUGAUAACUGAGAGUGGGGAGCUGAGUCUAGGUCUAGGUGACAUGGAUAUUCACCAAGAAAUCACAGUGCAGUAUGUGUCCCAGUUUGACAAGCAGAUAUCAUCAGCCAGUCUUGUGUGUUUUGAUGGCAACAUUCCUGUCUCCACCAUUGACUAUGUUUGUUACUUUGCCAAAAAAAAGAUAGUUCCAGUGUGGUAUGAGCCAACUGAUUCUGAUAAAGCCUGCAAGCCAUUCCUGUCAGAGAGCUGGAAAUCCCUGACCUACAUCUCCCCCAACCUGGCAGAACUGUGUACCAUGAAUAAGACCUUGGGUUUACCAUCCCCUACAGUUUUACCCAGUUCCCUUGAAGAGAUUGUGAGCUGCGCCCUGGCCCUCUCAUGCCCUCUGCUGGAGCACCUCCACUGUGUGGUGGUCACUCUUGGGGCCAUGGGAGUGCUGUUGUGUGGCGAGCAUGACAAGGGAGCUGUUAAUCUGCAGCUGAAAAGGCAAGAGAGGAGAGGACGCCUCUGUGCUGCACACUACCCAGCUCUGCCUGUGACCGCAGAGGAAAUAGUGAAUGUUUCAGGAGCAGGAGAUAGCCUUGCAAGUGGGAUAAUGAAUGGGAUCAUCCUCGGGCGAGACACACACAGCUGUGUUCGGAUGGGGCUACUGGCUGCACGCAUGUCAAUGGCCUCCCCACACCCCAUUGCCCCCACUGUUACCAUUGGCUCCGUGGACCCAAAUGAAGUCUCAUCUCAUAUCUGGCCUCUGCCUACCUUCAUGUGGAUGGAGGAAUAGCAGGGUCAUGGAGAGACAUGCCAUCUCUUUUUCAUGUUUGAUUUGACCUUUCGACACGUUAAA